CACCAAAUCCAUAAAGCUAAUAUAUAUACAUAAGUAUAUAUAAACAUUUAAAAUCAACCCAACAACAUGUAUAUGUUAAUCAAAGGUGUUUGAAAGACUUAAAGAAGUAUUUUAGACACUCAAAAUAUCAAGAGAAAGAUUCGCAGACCCAAACGGUCGAUGCAAACGGUCGCUUGUCAUAUUAAACUUUGAAACGGACCACGACUGUCAACAAAAACGGUCGACCGCCGUCGGCGAACGGUCGACCGUCGCCAACCCAGUAGAACGCCGCCUCACUCAGGCCGUCAACAAUGGUCAACCGCCGGUCAAACACGGUCGACCGUCACAGUACACCGGAAUCCGACGAAUUGAAUCAAAGCACGGUCGACCGCCGUGCUAAACGGUCGACCGUUCCGAGCCCAGUUACAAGUAGGGUGGCUAUAGCAACUCUGCCAGAGGCAUGGCAGGGGUCUACUCGUGGGCCCCUUGAUCUUGACUUCAGUCAGCUUCCUUUGUCCUGGUCUGGUCUGCCGUUACCCAAGGUUGGGACCGAGCGUACGACCCGUCUUCGAAAGUCUCUUGGCGGAAGGCCGGCCAGGGGUGGUCCGAGGAUGACCAAACCCGCCGAGGCCGAGCGCGUACCGCUGCCGGGGUGGCCUUCCUAGUCCUUUGUUUAUUCUUGCUUUGGUCUCGCAAAGUGGGCCUUAGCAAAGUUGGGCUGUGCCGCUUUUUUGUUGGACUGGAUACCACCAUUCCUGGGUAUCCAUCAAAUACUUAUAAUAAAUAAUCAAAUAUUUGAAAUAUUGAUAGAAUUGUAGAGAGAAGAUAGUGGGAGAUGUGUGAUAGAUAUGUUUGUUUUGAGAAAAUUUAUAAGUUUUUUAAUUUAUAUUUUUUUGUUUAACGGCUAAAAUAGCCGUUUUUGGCAGUUGGGAGAGGGGAGCGUCACGUUAAAGCCACCACAUUCACCUAUACCUGUUCAUAGGGGUGUGCACCGGUCUAAAACUGGACCGGACAGUACUGGAACCGGAAUUCUCUAUUUGCAAGGCUUGAAAACCAGACCUGUUAGAUAUUGGUCUGGACCGGAUAAUUCCGGGUUAAGACCGGACCGGACCGGAAUCCUGAAUUCUAAAUUUUGGUGGACCGAAGACCGGACCUGAAACUUCCGAACCGGUCCAUUCCGGUCCGGUACAGAUCUAAGUUCCGGUCUGGACCUGUUAAUGCACAGCCCUACCUGUUCACAAUUAGGUUCAGAUCGAAAAAAUUAACUGAACCGGACCAUUAGGUCUAGAUUGAACCAGGACUUAAUGGGUUUCAAGUCGAUCUUCUGUCUAGAAAAUUUAAGUGUUUGAGUUUCGAUCAAGCGAGUCCAAACCCAAAAUGAUUCAAAUCCAGACCGAAUGGACCUAAUAAUUCUAUUGCACCUAGAAUACCUAAACACUAAAAUUCUACCUUUUGAUAAUAUUUAAUAAAUAUAAUAUUCCUUUAAAAAUAUAUUGACUACUUAACAUAAAAUUAAUAAAGAUUUCUCUUAAUCUAUAAUAAAUAGACAUGGCAAAAAUGACACUAUCUGUUUUUGACCCGAAACUACCAGAAUUGAAAACACUGGGUUUUAAACAAAGGUUUUGAUGACCGAAUCCAAAAUAACCUACUAAAAAUGGGUUAAACCCGACCGAAUUCGAACCCGACCUGACCGACCCACUAAAGUAAGAAAUUUUCAAAAUCAUG